UAUUCGAAAUGUGCGAGAAUGGAGUUCUCAUGGAUGUUAAUAUCCAGAAGAAAUCAACUCCAUUUCCCGAAGAGAAAAUGCGGCUUUAUUUCAGAGAAAUGGUACUUGGUUUUGAAUAUCUACAUGAAAAUGGGAUUGUUCACCGGGAUAUUAAGCCCGACAAUCUCUUAUUGUCAAAAGAUGGUGUGCUUAAAAUUGUAGAUUUCGGUGUAUCUGAAAUAUUUAUCAAAGGCAAUGAUAAAUUGAAGAAAUCUGCCGGUAGCCCGGCUUUCAUGGCACCGGAACUUUGUGUAGCUCAUCAUGACGAAAUUUCUGGACAGGCCGCAGAUAUUUGGUCCAUGGGAGUCACUUUAUAUUGUCUUGCUUUUGGACAAUUGCCUUUUCGGAAGGAAAACAUUCUUGAUAUGUAUGAAUCAAUAAAACAUGAUGAAUUCGAAAUUCCGGAAGGAACAGAUCCCGAUUUAGCUGAUCUUCUUAAAAAGAUUCUUGAGAAAGAUCCAAACAAAAGAAUUACAAUGCUUGAGAUUCGUGAACAUCCAUGGGUUACUGAAAGAGGAAAUGAUCAACUUAUAACUAGAGAAGCGAAUUGUGCCGAGGUGGUUACCGAAAUUACAGAUGCAGAAUUUAAUUCGGCUAUCAAAACUAUUAGCAUUGGUACUGCCAUCACUGUGAUUGUUGCUGGCAAUAAAUGGAAGAGAAUGUCCAAAACACAUAGUAUGUCAUCUGGAGAUUUUGCAAAAUUAAGAGCCUUGGAAACUGCUGAUAAUGAAAAAGAAAAAGGAGAGAGUAGUACUGCCGAAACUACAACCG